GUAAUUAUUUUAGUUUAGGAAUUUUAAAUCCGAAAACUAAAACAAUUGAUCACCAAGUUGACAAUAUCCAAAUGCGUUACCAGGCAUUACAUCACCAACUUGUAGCUAGUGCUAAAGCGACAAUUUUAGCUCAUCAGAUUAAUUCAAAUAAUAAGGUUGGAGCCAUGUUAGCGAUGAUGACUGAUUAUCCGUUGACCAGCAAUCCUGAUGAUGUAUUAUUGGCACAGCAAACUUGGCAAUACGUAAUUUUUAUUGUGGGGAUGUUCAGGUACGGGGAGACUACUGAUCCUAACAAUCAGGAGCAAACUCAGGGUAACUUAGUUGGCGGAAUUAAGAAUCCUUACCUUAAAUCCAGUGAAUGGGGUUGGCAAAUAGAUCCUAUUGGGCUACGAAUUACAUUAAAUUCACUUUACGAUCGGUAUCAAAUACCAUUAUUUUGGUUGAAAACGGCAAUUUCUGAAGCAAUAAAAGAUGGAGUUGAUAUUUUUGGAUAUACUGCAUGGGGAUGGGAAGAUUUGGUUAGUGUUUCUACUGGUGAAAUGUCUAAGCGAUAUGGAAUCGUCUAUGUUGAUGUCGAUGAUCAAGGGAGAGGAAGUUAUCGCAGAUACCGAAAAGAUUCUUUUUACUGGUAUCAAAAGGUAAUUCAAAGUAAUGGUGAAAAUUUAUGA